AAUUGCGCCUUUGGGCGUCGACGAGCUCCUAUUCUGAUCUUCAACAGAGGAGCCGCCCUGGAGGCAGCAACAACACAUGAGAAUGGCGAUACCGUGGGGGACCAUCAAGUCCCUCCUCAUCUUCUUCGGUCCGCUCCUCCUCCCCAAAGCAAUAGGCUACUACCGCACCGUCCGCGCGGCGCCGCAAAUCCACGGGCUCAAAGUCCGACCCCUCCCAUCACAUCUCUACCGCUCCCUCGGCAUCCUACUCACCGUAUCCGCCGUCUUCCUCCUGCGCACCCUCCCCAUCCUCUCGCCCGAGAACGUCUUCCGCGCAACACAGUCCCGCCUGCAGAUCCCCGCCGACGUGCUCUUCACGCGGCUGGCCACCCUCCGCCCGCAGAACCGCCUCACGCCGCAGGACCUCGCCUUGCGCGCCAAGUUCGCCUCGCUCGAGUCACGCCUGCUCUACCUCCAGUUCGGCCCGGACGUGCUGGCGACCUGCCCCUUCUGCGCCUCCGACGACCCGCGCUCCUACCUGUACUACGCGCUUCCGGACCUGGCCGCGCCGCACCUGUUCAACCUGGUGGUGAUUGCGCUGGCGACGUCGGCGCUGCUGACGCGCGGCGACCGGGGCGCCGUGGGCUGGCGCACGCCCGCCACGCUGGCCGCGGUCGCGAUCGCCUUCGUGGAUGUGUAUCUCGUCGCGACGUACAACUACAACGCGAAUGCGAAGGCGCUGAGGCUGCCGGAGCUGGAUCACUUCUUCUGGACGGUGCGCGCGACGCGGUAUGUGGCGCUGGCGUGCCUGGAUGCCGGGCUCGCGCUGAUGCUGUAUCUGGGCGGGACGCAGCGGGCGUUUGUGACGCCGCCGAGUGCUGCCGAGCGGGUGGAGGGUGUGGUGCGUGCGCUGGCGGGCACGAAAGGGAAGGUCAAUGCUGCCGGGGUGGUUAAGAACACGGUGCUGAGGGACGAGGAGUUGAGGGGCCGGAGUAAUGCGUACUGGGCACAUGAGGUGCGGCUGAUGAGGGAAAUGAUGGAGGAGAGGGAGGUUGUUGAGGGGGUGAAUGAUGCGCUGCAGAAUAGGAUCGACAUCGGCGGGAUAGAGAGGGAUGCUGAGGCAUAUGCAAAAGCGGUAUUGAUGGCGCCUGCGAAGGGAGCCACAGGGACUGCUGUGGGAGAGGAGGUUGUGGGCUGACAGAUUCUUGAUUACUUGUGUCUAGACAUGGCCGUCCAUAUCUCUAGAAACAUGCUCAAUUUGGAAACCGUC